AUGUCCGAUCACCGUGGGGUGCUCAGCCAGCGACAGCGACGGGGAUCACAGAUCAUACUGUAUCCGCCCGUGGGCCUCUGCGCGUCCAGGCCGCGCGCGUCGACGCUGUCUGCGCCCUCCGUUCUUUCCACUGGCAUCACGAUUCAGAGCCAUCUCGUGCUCGUCGCUGCAGCCAGAUGGCGGCCCCGCCUUCCCUCUGCUCCCCUCGCCGUGCACGCAGGCCGCCGCAGUCCCGUCCAGCGCACGCACGGCACCCCGCGUCCCCGCGUCCCCGCGCCCAUCCAGACCCUCCCCGCCGAGCUCCUCGAGCACGUCCUCCUCCUCGCCGCCCCCGCGUCCCCCGCCGCCCCCGCCGCCCUCGCGCGCACCUGCCGCGCCUUCGCCGCCCUCGUCUACGCCGCCCCCGACCAGCACAUUUGGCGCGGGCUCUUCCUCCGCGCAUGGGACAACCCGCGCGGCACAUGGGGCGACCUGUGCGCGCUGCCAGGCCCGGGCGUCGUCGGGAGCCGGGACGCCGCGGGUGCGGGCAUCGACUGGGGGCGCGAGUACCGGCGGCGUGUCGCGGCGCAGCGCUGGUUCGCGUCCGCGCGGGCAGAUGGGGCAGGGACAGGACCGAUGGGCGCGCGCGACGUCGCGCGGGAGCAAGACCAGGACCGUGAGAGGGAGAGGAGGGAUGAGGGCGAGAUGGGGGCGCUCGCGUUCCCGCCGGGGGUGUUCAUGGCGUACCCGGCGUACCCGGCGUACCCGGCGUGCUAUCUGUCCCUUCCGCUGCCGCGCCCGCCGCGUACGCCUCCUGUAGCCAUCUACCACCUCAUGGUGGGCGGCGUCGUCCCGCGUCCGAUUGCGUUCAUCUCCAGCGUCUCUGCUGACGGCGUCGAGAACCUGGCCCCCUUCAGCUGGUUCAACAUGGUCACCUCCGAUCCCGCAGUCAUCUUGCUCGGCCUCCUCCACCACCAGCCCACGGCAGACGCAUCCGCCCUCAAGGACACCGCCACGAACAUCCUCGUCGUGCGGCUUCACCGUCAAGCUCGUCUCCGAGCCAUUUGCCCAGCACGCCAAUGCCUGCUCUGUCAAUGCGCCCCCGCACGCCAGCGAGUGGGCGCUCAGCGGCCUCACCCGCACCCCCAGCGUCAGUCCCCCACGCACGCCGCAACCUCCCCGCACGCCGAGCUCGCGGCGCGCGAUCAGCCCCCGCAAGACUUGCGUCAUCAAACUGCGCCGGUCCCGCGUCUUACAUCAUAG